AUGUCCGAGAAGGCCCAGAACCCCAUGCGCGAGCUGCACUUGCAGAAGCUUGUGCUCAACAUCUCGGUCGGUGAGUCUGGUGACAGACUGACCCGUGCCGCCAAGGUUUUGGAGCAGCUUUCCGGUCAGACUCCCGUCUACAGCAAGGCCCGUUACACCGUCCGUACUUUCGGUAUCCGCCGUAACGAAAAGAUUGCUGUCCACGUCACCGUCCGUGGCCCCAAGGCUGAGGAGAUUCUUGAGCGUGGCCUCAAGGUCAAGGAGUACGAGCUGCGCAAGCGCAACUUCUCUGAGACUGGUAACUUCGGCUUCGGUAUCAGCGAGCACAUCGAUCUCGGUAUCAAGUACGACCCCUCCAUCGGUAUCUACGGUAUGGACUUCUACGCCUGCAUGACCCGCAAGGGUGAGCGUGUCGCCACUCGUCGCCGCUGCAAGGGCCGCAUCGGCUCUGGCCACAAGAUCAAGCGCGAGGAGACUGUUAAGUGGUUCAAGUCUCGCUUCGACGGUAUUGUCCGAUAA